AAGGGUUAUCUUCUCGUUAAUCAUACAUAGCUUUGCCACUGUUUUCGACUUUUCGUACUUCAGGCCUUUGCGUUCUCAUUUCUCAGCUUUUUUGGUGGUUCCCCUUCUAUCUUUCUCGGUUCGAUACAAAGACCUGAUAUGAAACAAUUCUUGCAAUUCCUGUCUACAACCUCUACCAAUCUCAACAGUUUUGCAGUGAUUCAGAAGCAUUUGAAUACGAAGACAUUGGUUUCUCCUACUGUGAAAGCAAUGAGGUCUAAAAGACGUUUUUCGAAUUCAUCAGAACCUGUUUUACCAGUUGUUGAGAACAAGAAAGAUAAGAAGCUUAAGGGGUUGGAAGCAAGUCCAGUUUCCAAAAAGUAUAUUGCAAAGGAAAGUGAUGUUAACAGCCAUUCCAUUGAGAUUGAGAGGUUAAGGAAUGACCCGGCCAAAAUGGACACAUUGACUGUUGAGGAACUACGGAAAACAUUGAGGAGUAUAAAGGUCCCCGCUAAAGGUCGUAAAGAUGAUCUUUUGUCUGCCUUGAAGAGUUUCAUGGACAAUAAUGACUCUUGCGAGCUAGAUCCUCAAGCACGAGAAGAACAUGAGAAAAGACUCUUAGCUGCUUCAGAAAAUACAUCUAUGGAAGUGACAACUAAGAAGGUAUUUGAUGAAGACCCUGUUGAUGAUGUCAAUGAUAGAAGAUUAAAGCAAUCCAGAUCUGCAAAGAAAACUGUCAAGGUGGCAAACAAGAAGAAGUUGUCAGUGAAAUCAGAUGAUGUUUCAGGUUGUAAGCCUUCUAGAGAAAAGAGAAAAGUAUCUUCAGAUAUCAUUAGUGUUGUUGCACAAUCAGAGGAGAUCAGUACAGCUAUUCAAACUGAACCAUGGACACUUUUUGCACACAAGAAACCACAAAAAGGUUGGAUUGCAUAUAAUCCUAGAACUAUGAGGCCCCCGCCUCUUACUCAGGAUACAAAAUUUGUCAAGAUUUUGUCAUGGAAUGUCAAUGGAUUGAGAGCAUUGCUAAAACUAGAAGGAUUUUCUGCACUUGCUCGAAGGGAAGACUUCGAUGUAUUGUGCUUGCAAGAGACUAAACUGCAGGAGAAAGAUAUCAAGCAAAUCAAACAGCGUCUAGUGGAUGGCUAUGAUAACAGCUUUUGGACAUGUAGUGUUUCUAAGCUUGGUUAUUCUGGAACAUCCAUAAUCUCAAGGAUAAAGCCACUUUCUGUUAGAUAUGGCCUUGGUGUAUCUGAUCAUGAUGGUGAGGGGAGACUUGUGACUGCAGAGUUUGAUACAUUUUACUUGAUAUGUGGAUACGUCCCUAAUUCUGGAGAUGGCUUGAGAAGACUGACAUAUAGGGUGACUGAAUGGGAUGCAUCUCUCAGCAAUUAUUUGAAAGAGCUUGAAAAAUCAAAGCCUGUAAUUUUGACUGGUGAUCUGAACUGCGCUCAUGAAGAGAUUGACAUAUAUAACCCUGCUGGUAACAAACGAAGUGCUGGGUUUACAGAUGAAGAGAGGCAAUCAUUUGCAACAAACUUCUUGUCCAAGGGAUUUGUAGAUACUUUUAGAAGGCAGCACCCUGGAGUUGUUGGAUAUACUUACUGGGGUUAUCGGCAUGGUGGGCGCAAGACUAACAAAGGGUGGCGUCUAGACUAUUUCCUUGUAUCAGAAUCCAUAGCUGACAAAGUUCAUGACUCGUACAUUAUCCCUGAUGUUACUGGGAGUGAUCAUUGUCCUAUUGGCCUCAUUCUUAAGCUUUAAAGCGGAACACUGGGUCUGACCUUGUAGGAAAACCUUUUUUGUUUAAAUUAUUAUUUUAUAUUAUCAAUGAUUAUUUAUCAA